AUGGCUCAGAAUGGUUCGAACAAUGUGAAGCUGCUAGGGACAUGGGGAAGCCCAUUUGCUUUGAGGGCUCAAGUGGCUCUACACCUCAAGUCCGUAGAGCAUGAGUACACAGAAGAAGCGGAUGUUCUGAAAUCGAAAAGCGAUCUUCUUGUUAAAUCUAACCCAAUCCACAAGAAAGUCCCUGUUCUAAUCCAUGGUGAUGUCUCAAUCUGUGAGUCUCUCAACAUCGUUCAGUACGUCGAUGAAGCAUGGCCAUCCAAGCCUUCCAUCCUCCCUUCCCUUCCCCAAGAUCGCGCAUUUGCUCGUUUUUGGGCACACUUUGUUGAUGGAAAGUGUUUUGAAUCGAUCGAUGCGGUGGCGGGUGCGAAAGACGACGCCGCGAGGAUGGCCUUGGCAGGCAAUCUGAUGGAGUGUCUCACGGCUCUUGAGGAGGCAUUUCAAAAGAGUAGCAAAGGCGGAGACUUUUUCGGAGGAGAAAACAUUGGCUUUGUAGACAUCGCUUGUGGGGGCAUAGUGGGUCCACUAUCAGUCAUAGAAGCCUUUUCAGGUGUAAAGUUUUUGAGUCCUGAGGCAACACCGGGUCUGGUCCAAUGGGCUGAUAAAUUCAGGGCCCAUGAAGCUGUGAAACCUUACAUGCCUAACGUCGCCGAGUUCAUAGAGUUUGCCAAAAAGAAGUUCAAUGUUUAG